AUAUUCAAGUAACUUCUAAUGCAAGUUUUUUUGCUCGAUUAAUUCAUAUCAGAGUAAAAUUUGUUAAUUAUAACCCUUAUUAACAUUUCUACGUGCAGUUUAAAACUAUUAAAAGCAUCAUUUAAGUACAUAAGCGAUCCUUCAGUCGUUUGGUUAUAUUUAUUAAAUCACUUUCGUUGUCAAAGGAACACAACACUUUAGGAAAGUAAAAAUAAAUAUAAUAAGCUCAUUUGACGACAUCUAUAGAGUUAAAUGAUUGAGUUUUGCCAAUUUUGAAUCCAUUCAGCCGACCUCCAGGUCUGACAGUAGCACUUUAGCUUAGCUUAGCAUAAAUCAUUGGAACAGAUUAGACCAUUAGCAUCUCGCUCAAAUAUUUUUCCUAUUUAAAGCUCAAAUCUUUUUGUACGAAGACCGAAAUUUAAUGAAAAGUUACUAUUUUCUUGGCUCAUAUGAUUAGGAACUGUACUCCUUCCGGCGUAAUAAUUAAGGAACUUUGCUGCAGUGCCAUGGCUACAGCAGGUGCAAUUAUUUUGCGCAGCACCUGAAAAUACUCCCCAGCUACCUUCCAAUGUGACCUGCACUAAGUUAGUGCAGAGUUAAAGCCGACAAAUUGGUUAUUGGCUAAAUAUACAAGUGUAGCCAUGGUUAUGUGCGUAGUAAAGGGCUGUGAUAAUAAGUCGAAGGUGUACUCCACCGUCAUGUUUCAUAGAAUUCCAACGAAAAACGACAUGCUAAAAUAUCAAUGGCUGGCUACUCUGAACAUCGAUCACAAAACACCGUUAGAAACGAUCAAGAAAUGGCGAGUUUGCUCGGAGCAUUUUCAACCAGAUGACUAUUACUGGGUAAACAUGGACAGUCCCACAGGACGGCGUCUAAAGGAUACUGCCAUCCCUACAAUCUUCAGAAUGCAGGCAGGACCAAGUGGAUCAUCACCCAUGACUGAGACUGAGAUUGAUCCAGAAAGCCAAUCAAUUGAUGACAGCUUUGAUUUUGAAGAUGAAGAGGCAUAUUUUGAUGAUGAUGAUGAUAUUCAGUCAACUGUAGGAAGGCAAAAGAACCCCAGAUCCUGCCCUGGUGAACGUCUUCAGUCCAGACUCAUUUUAACCGUUACAAAUCCAUCUACUGAACCAACCACACCUCCAUCUGUAUUUGGCACCUAUUAUGCUCUUUCUCCCACGUGGUACUACCAAAUGGAUGAUCCUUCAAAGAUUGGACUACACAUGGAAGAACCGUUCAAUGAAAACGUCAACAUGGAUUUUGUUGCUAAUAAAGAAGCUGGUGGCUUUUUGAACCAUGAGCUUUCCAAAGGACAUUCACAUGUGUGUCGGAGAAGCAGACCAGAAAAAAGAAAUCCAUUAAGCCAGGAUAGAGGAUCUAAAAGAAGUGCACCGGGAUCGCCAGAGGAUGCCACGGAUUCAGAUAAUGAGGACAAAGACAUCAACACAGAAGAAAAUGCACAGUGUUCAGAAGAGCUAGUGAUCACUAAAGUCGAGGACCUCUCAAAUGAAACCGAAUUUGAUCAGAAUGAGAAUUACAGUGGGAAAAUGGACAUGGACGAACCAGAAGAUUCAGAAGCACUGAGGGCCAAAGGCCUUAAAAGCAGACCUGCACAUUCAUCUGCUGUCACGCAAACGCAGGCUGCUGAUAAAAGAUUUGCAGGAUUUGACCCCUCUGACGUUUUACCUGUGAAGAUCAAAGAUGAACCGAUGGAUGAAGAGUGGAAGAAAGCACCUCAAAGUCCACUGAGAAGCAUUAAAGAUGAUGAGGAUUUUGACCAACAGAGGCUCGGAUCUUAUCAUCAGGUGCCUGGUGUAAAUAAUGCAUCCACUGGAGCACAAACGGAGUCCAUUCAGAAUUUCAAGCGACUUGGUGUUCUGUGCACUGCCUGCAAUAAGGUCUUGCUGAAGGGACAAACAGCCUUCCAGCGCAGUGGCUCUGCUAAAAUCUACUGCUCACUUGAAUGUCUCCGGAGCACCAAGAAUAAAGCAUGUCACCACUGCCUCAAAGAGAUUCAUGAAGACAGCAGCAUCAUAGUUGCCCCAGUGGACAUGUCAGGGGCUGGGAAGGAGUUUUGCAGUCAGAAAUGCCGCAACGCUUUAACUUUUAAGUGCAGUGUGUGUCAGAAGGCAGGAAUAAGACACGUUCAUGAGGUGAACUUCAGAGGCUCCAUUCAAAAGCUGUGCAGCGAUGGCUGCUUCAACCAGUUCCGCUCCUCCAAUAAGCUGAACAUGAACAGCUGUGUGAACUGUGGAGGAUUCUGCUAUGGCACAGACGCUCAGUGUCCAUCUCUGCGCAUGGAAGACAGAGUUAUGAAGUUCUGCAGCCAAACCUGCCUUACAGCUUACAAAAAGAGGAGCCUGAAACUUGUCACCUGUAAGACGUGUCAUGCCCUGAGGCCUGCGGAAGAUGCACUGGACAGUCCAAACGCAGAGGGAAUCCGGGAGCUUUUCUGCUCUGUCUCCUGUGUCACUGCGAGUAAAGAUCAGACCGUGGGUUUGUCAGCUGCUCCAGUGGAAUGCAACAACUGCAAGCUGAAACUAGUGCCUCAGUACCACAUAGCCAUGUCUGAAGGAUCCGUUCAAAACUUCUGCACAUUCUCCUGCGUAGUAGCAUAUCAGGAAUCCUUGAAUAAUAAAAAAGCGAACACACAAGUGAACACCGUAACCUCUACAAGCAGCAACACAACUACUGCAGCAAAAACUGCUGCCCCCAAACCUGCUUCAUCGGAGUCCAGCUCAGCAGCCAAGACUAGCACCCCUAGUGGUCAAGGCCAAAACGUCACUAAAAUCCCCUGCUGUCAGUGUCUGAACGCCUUCUUCCACAAGCCAGAACUGAUGGAGUAUAAGAGGAAAAUGUACGCUUUCUGUGGCAACGAUUGUAUCGAUGAGUUCAGAAAGGUCAACCGUGUGGUGGCUCGCUGUGAAAACUGCAACCUCAAUAAAAGAGUCAAAGUCGUGAGAAGGAUAAACAGAGUUGACCGCUCUUUCUGCGAAGAGAAAUGCAGGGCACUCUUUGAGCAGAACCUGGUCAAGCGUUGGGGGACAAAGCACUGUAGCAAUUGUUUCCACUGUAACAGCACUUCUAAGACUGUAGUGACGGAAGUCUUCAAUGGCAAACAGGAGGAGUUCUGUGGGAGCGAUUGCUUGUCACAACAUAAUUUACUGAUUCGUCAGGAAAUAAAGUGCUCAAUGUGCAGACAGAUCAAGAAGAUGAACGAGUCUGUGAAAUGGCUGGGAGAGAUGAAGCACUUCUGCAGCCUGCGGUGCCUGAUGUUUUUCUGCAGUCUGCAGGGCAUCACUGGAGCCGUCAUCAAGGCAACCAGCAAAUCUCUGGCCACACAGUGUGCAAAGCCAAUGUCAUCUGCAGUCACACAGAAGCCUAAAGAGGCCACGCCGGUCAUUGCCAGUGUCGUUUCACUUUCAGGGCCAUCCAGCAAACAGCCAGGCGUUUCAGGAAACACGAAUGCGAAAGGCUCUGUUCAAACAGAUGUGACCAUGAAGCAUAAACGUAAUCUGAGAUCCCAAAUCCUACAGAACAAAUCCCCAAGCAAAAACAAAUCCACAACCUGUAAACCCCACACCGCUGAUGCUGAGAUACAGAAAGAUGAGGCACCUAAAGUGAUAGUGCUGCCUGUUCCGGUGCCAGUCUAUGUGCCAGUUCCCAUGAAUCUCUACUCUCAAUAUGUUCCAAAGUCUGUUGGGAUGCCCCUUCCGGUUCCAGUGCCCUUGUUCUUCCCCACGACUCUGGACAGCGCCGAACACAUUGUACAGACCAUUCAGGAAAUCAAAGAGAAGAUCCCUGAUGAUCCUCUGGAGGCCGACCUCAUCAUGAUGGCGGAGAUGGUGGCGGAGGAUGCAGAGAAGGAGAAACACAUCAGCUCCUGUGAUCAGACUGAUAACAUUAUGGAGGAUCUCGAUUUGCAAGAUCUGUCUAGUAAUCUGAGCUGGGAGGAGGAUCCUGUGUCUCCUGCUCAAAUUUUGGAUCAAACCCCAGAACCUGAACCACCACCACCACCACCUCCUCCUGCUCCUGCUUCUACUCCUACUCCUACUUUUGCUCCUGCUUCUACUCCUACUUUUGCUCCUGCUUCUACUCCUACUCCUACUUUUGCUCCUGUUUCUACUCCUACUUUUGCUCCUGCUCCAUCAUCCAGAUCUGCCACAAUGACACUCGUCUCCACCAAAGCAGGGGAGCCACUGAUGGACUUGGAGGCGGAUUUCCCAAUUGAGACCAUUGCGCUUCUCAGAGAGCAAAUGGAAAAUGAUUCUGGAAAACGGAGAUCUUGCAAGAAAGGACCUGAUGUCUCAACUCAGAAGAAACGGGGUCGUAAGUGUGCGUCUGUUCCUUCAAACAUCCUCUCCAAACUGCAACACGAGUACGGCGUCAAGGCCUGGAGGGACUGGGUACGCUGGAAAAACGCCCAACCCAACUCGGAUGCUCCUAAAUUUGGCUCACGCAGCAUGACACUAAAGGAGGACGUGUUGAAGUGUUGCACGGCAGAAUUAAGCUACGGUCUCUGUAAGUUUAUCACUGAAGUCCGGCGACCCAAUGGAGAGAAAUACAGUCCUGACAGCAUCUAUUACCUCUGCUUGGGCAUCCAGCAGUACCUGUUUGAGAACAAUCGGAUGGAGAACAUCUUCUCAGAUGUCUUCUACACUAAAUUCUGCUGGGAAAUGAGCAACAUACUCAAGGGGUGGAAACCAACUAUUCUGCCUAAUGGUUAUAUUCACUCUCGUGUGGAAGAGGAGUUUCUGUGGAACUGUAAGCAGCUCGGGGCCUUUUCACCUGGCGUUCUGCUCAACACUUUAAUCUAUUUCUUCACAAAGUACUUUAACUACAGGACCGUGGAGCAGCACCGUCUCCUCUCUUUCGCACACGUCAAACGUUACACUCGGGGGCCGGCCAACGCUAAAGUGUCCUUCCUGCGUUUCUACCCACCAAAAGAGGACUCAAGCGACGAUGGUGUCCCUGCAAAGAAAAGAAAGAAGGACGAUGAACGACAAAGGGUGCUUAAGAUAGGGCAGAAUUCAGACAAUCCCCUCCAUUGUCCCGUCAGGCUUUACGAGUUUUAUCUCUCAAAAUGCUCGCCUGGCAUUAGGCAUCACGCAACCAAGUUUUACCUGAGCCCCGAGCGCUCCUGUGUUCCCAGCAGCCCUACAUGGUUCUCCAUCAGCGCUCUGAGCGACGAGGCUCUGGACAGCAUGUUAUCCCGCAUCCUCACAGUCCGAGAGCUUCAUAUGGAGACAGAGCAAACACCCGCUGACACUGAUUCAGACAGCGACUCUGACUACAAUCAGUUUUAAGACCACAAACCUGAGCUCGUCCUCUGAAGUAGUUCUGGAAAGCAAGCGGUUUGUUAUUGUGUCCGUUGUUGUUCAUUCUCAGUUAUCUAUUACUGGCUCUAGAUACCUAUAUGUCUUGUUCCCCGACAUCUUUCAUUUUUUCAAAGUUUCUUCCGGAUGUCCAGGAUGCUUGAACUCCUCCAGCGGUGGACGCUGAUCACUCAUUAAACUCAUUAUUGUAAGUCACCACAAUUUGUAUUCUAUCGAUACACUAAAGACAUUGGCAGCAUCAUUCCAAAAGAACACUAUUUUGACAUUGCUGUUCUUCAUCGCAAACCAUAUUAGUAUGUAUUGAAUGAAUGUUCCCAAAAUUAUGGAUGUUAUUGCUUUUUUGUUUUUAUGGAUAAAACACUACGAAACUAA